AAAAAAAUGUCAUUUUUAUACGCAAAUCUUUACUGUACAUUUUCGUGUGUUGUAAAUUUCCCGACAAAAAUUUGCGAAAGGAAAUCGGACGCGUAAUCCCUUUGUCGCGUUGUUUUUAAAGAAGCAAAAUAGCGUACGGAAAGUGAAAAAUAAUUACAGUGAUACCUAUUUUACCUUCCUCCUGCUAUCCAAGUAUCAAUAGUUCGUGAUUGUGUGCGCGCGCGAGUGCUAUGUGUUUGUGUGUGGUGUAUAGGUUAAGCUGAACAUAAUUUAUCUAAUUGAAGGUUCGACAGGAUAAAAAGAAAAUAUCUCGAGGUUGAAAGAAUACUUAACAGCGAAUCACAGGAUAGCUACUUCCUACGAGUUUUCCCGGAAGUAGAUGCAGGAAACAUCAUCUACCAGUACACCAGAAGCUACAGCCGGAGAAGAAGAAGCGGACAGGGCGACAGGAUGUCACGCAAUAAAGACAAGUACGAAAGCAACAACCCCCGGAGACAGCAAACGUUUCUGACCGCCGAGGACAUUGCUGCCGGGAAAAAGACGUGUUGGCAUGGCAUUGAGAUAACGGGCAGUGUGCGGAAUCUUAGUCCGACGCUCUGGAAGUUUGAGCAUCUAACGGCACUCUUCCUAAACGAUAACUGUCUGACGCGCUUGCCGCAUCAGAUCGGCCAACUGGCCAAUCUGCGGACGCUCGAUCUGUCCGCGAACAAGCUGCGUAGCCUGCCAGCCGAGCUCGGUGAGCUAAUCCAGCUGCGGGAGCUACUGCUGAACAACAACUAUCUGCGUGUUCUCCCGUACGAGCUCGGGAAGCUGUUCAACUUGCAUGUUCUCGGAUUGCACGGAAAUCCGCUCGGCAAGGAUGUGCUGUCGAUCUACAACGAACCGAACGGGACGUCCAAAUUGCUGACGUACAUGCUGGAUAAUCUGUCAGUUACGGUAGCUCCUCCACCUCAACGACCCUGGAUCCCGCUAGCCAGACCGAAUCGCAACCGGGGUGCAUGUAUAUUCACCGUCAUGUGCUACAACGUGUUAUGCGAUAAGUAUGCGACGCGACAAAUGUAUGGCUACUGUCCCAGCUGGGCAUUGAGUUGGGAGUAUAGGAAAAAGGCUAUUCUUGACGAAAUACGACAUUAUGCGGCGGAUAUUAUCAGUCUGCAAGAGGUGGAAACUGAUCAGUUCUUUAACUUCUUCAAGCCCGAGCUGAAGAACGACGGUUAUGAGGGCAUUUUUUCACCUAAAUCGCGUGCUAAAACCAUGUCGGAGGCGGACCGAAAGUACGUCGACGGUUGCGCGAUCUUCUUCCGCUCUGCAAAGUUUACCCUGAUCAAAGAGCAUUUAGUCGAAUUCAACCAGUUAGCUAUGGCUAACGCGGAAGGAUCGGAUAACAUGCUCAACCGCGUGAUGCCCAAGGACAACAUCGGACUAGCUGCGCUGCUUAAGGUGAAGGAAGGUGCAUGGGAGAGUGUGUCGUCAGAGGCGGCCCAAAUAUCGCAACCGAUUCUAGUGUGCACCGCGCACAUCCACUGGGAUCCGGAGUUCUGCGACGUGAAGCUCAUCCAGACGAUGAUGCUGAGCAACGAGCUCAAGACAAUACUGGACGAAGCUGGGCUGAGCUUCCGGCCGGGACACAAGUUCGAUGUAAAUAACGUACAGCUGGUGCUGUGCGGUGACUUUAACUCGCUGCCAGACUCGGGUGUGAUUGAAUUUCUAAGUGCCGGACGUGUAUCAAUGGACCAUCAAGAUUUCAAGGAGCUGGGCUACAAAUCCUGCCUGCAGCGUAUAUCAAAUUGUGAUACACCAAAUGAAUUUACUCAUUCCUUUAAGCUAGCGUCAGCGUACAGUGAAGAUAUAAUGCCAUAUACAAAUUAUACAUUCGAAUUUAAAGGUAUUAUCGAUUACAUAUUCUACUCGAAGCAGGGCAUGGUGCCGCUCGGGCUGCUCGGUCCGAUCUCGCCCGAAUGGUUGCGGGAUAACAAGGUGGUCGGUUGCCCCCAUCCGCACAUACCGUCCGAUCACUUCCCGCUGCUAGUCGAGCUCGAGCUAAUCCAUAUGCCAACGGCGGGCGCCCAGCCGAACGGGUUGAUCGGUCGAAGGUAGCAAUAAAGCUCGGUAGAGCAAUGUAUUAGCGCCUUGGCAGACAGAAUGUGACAUCGUGCAAAACUGACUGCAUAGUACGACCUCCGCCGCGAACACAUACCAGCACCACCAAUCACAAAAACUCAACCCCCAGCAGGAAACAUCAUGGUACUCUCCGCCCCUCUUGCACGCAACCAACAGCAAAGUGAGGAGGUAACGACACUAUGAAACAAACCGUAGUGUAUGAAGCAAAGCCGGAGAAAGCACUUGUCACAAUGGCAGACACUAAGAUCAAGACAAUUUCCUCAUCGAAUCACCAUUGUGCAGACACAUUCGUGAACUGCAGACAUUAUUCAUCAUCACCUCUUUGCAAUAACAGUGAAAAGUGCUGUGUCACGAUUGGCGGACACAUGCAGCGCGUGUGCGCACACGCAUUACACCAGACCGCCGCCGAUCGCCAAAAGGCAUUAAUUAAUUGUACAUUAAGCAGAAACACUCGUACACAUUGCACUCGCGCGCAUCUAUAUUGAUACUGAUAUGCAGUUAUUGAUACUGAAUUGCGAAAACAGUGACUGUGUGCUCGAAAAAAAUGACAAAACGGCAGAAACGGCGCACAGUUUGGGAGAUAAAGGAAUGGAGAUGAAGGAAACAAAAAGCUGCAAAAUGGUAGUUUAACGUUAUGCAAUACAGCGCAGCCACUACGGCAAGGAACUACAUACAGAGAUGAAAAUGCAAGAAAAUGGACGCAAACUAGUAAAUAGCGGGUAAUGUAAUAGCAGUGGAAAAAACAAGGGACAAUAGUAAAGGCAAACAUAUAACAACAGCAUGAUAUAUAAAGGCGAUUUUAAACAACCGAAGAAGCAAGUAAGCUACGGAACAAUUGUGCAAAACUCUUUCAUACACACGGCAACAAAGCAAGAUCGCAUCGUGAACAAGUGAAGUAUGUCUCUCAAAACAUUUGGGGAAAACGAUCUACAUAGCAUCGCUACCAUCAAUCUACACCCGUGAAUGGAAAAUGCAUACAAGAUGAUGUGAGAUAAUGAAAACAAUGAAAAAAUCAAAGACUCUACUACUAAAUACUAAACCAGAAUGUACAGAAUGACGAAAAUGAUAAGAAUAGAAAUGCAAACCUGCACAGAGAGAAAAACUACAGUAUGACAACAAACAAACAAAAAAGGUUCGAAUCUCAGCUUUAAACGAAACGAAUGAAGCGCACCACUGCAAAGCAAUGCUAUUUCGUAGCAUAUCGGGGCGGUUUUACGUCACGGUAACGCAACAGCCUCAGAAAUUACCAACUAUCUCUAUUUUCCUCAAUCCACCUGCACGGCUUGGGAAACACCAUGAAACAAGCCGAUCUCCUGGAUGCUCGAUGCGUUUUACUAUUUUCGUCAUAUCCUCCUUUCUAUUUUGAAAGUAUAUUUUUCAGAUAAAGUUAGAAAGGAUUUUUAUUAGUUUUUCUCCACCGUUUCAUAUUCUUCACAACCGCUUAAAGCCGAGACAAGAACCAUCAGGAUCAAUUUUGCAGAACACAACAUGAGCAGUGUGUGUAAAGAAAGAUAUAGUGAUUUUUCCUCUUCAUUAAAAGCACUUUAUUUUUGGUACAUAUACGAUGAAGGGUUAUUUUUUAUUUGGUUAGCCAACAUUGUAAUUUCUAACGGGAAAAGCUUUAUCUUUUGUUUAUUUUAAGUAAAACCCCCUUUCAAUCGCUCUUCAACUCAAGCUUUCAACGGGAUCAUAAUGCAUUUUUGUCCGAGCAAUUUUUUUCAUCUGGUGAUUUGUAUCAUGUUAAUUCUUAUUACAUACGAACAAAGAGAUUGUGCUAUCAUGUAUGUGUAGGACUGUUUGUCUGUUUUGAGUUUUUUUUAAGUAGCUCGUGAGAUAAAUCUUCCGUUUUUAGAAAAUAUCCAUGGAAAAUACCACCCAAAAAGAAGAAAAAAAAGCAUACGCCUUGCCUGGAUAAGUGCGUAAGUGAUGUGAGAAUUUAGAGAGUGAUCUUUUGCGAAGAACAACAUCCAAUCGAGAGAGAGAGAGAUGCAAUUGUAAAGAACUGUGGAGCCGGAUGUAUACGACCAUUUGCAGAACGGUUGUUAGAGGUAGACAGAGAAAGGAAAUGAAAGUAGUCAGAAGGCGAAAGUGAAGGUAAAAUUGUAGAAACGUAUAUCCGUAGCAUUUUAAGGCCAGGAUUAUAGAAGUAAUAAAAACAACACCUAAUGAAAAUGAUGAAAGAGUGCAUAUUCCAAUCCGUUGGAGUGGAGGGCAAAAGAUCGUGCUUCUCCUCCGGCGGAACUGCUCCACUGUUGCAAGGAUAACCAAAAUAACAAGCCAACAAAAACGAUUCAACAUAAGUCGAUAAACGAAACAUAGAUCAAUCAGAGCGGUACAUAAAAUAGCGAAACUUUUUUUUAUGGAACAUGAAUGCAUCGAACAUAAGCAUUAUUCAAGCUAGGUAAUGUUUAUAUGAGAAUUCUCCUAGCUUUCCACACACAAACCAUUCAUGUGUUGGUAACAAUAAGAGUACAAAGGCAACAACAGAGAACAGAAGGGACAAACGGAAUGCAAUUCACUUACGCCAAACGAUCUUUACGUAGAAAACAAGCGACGUAAACGUGUUGAUAAACGGCUAUUCAAUUGAGCAAUGGUCUGAUUCCUCACUAGAAAACGAAAAUAAUCAGUAAAAUUGUCUUGAAAAUUACACCUUAAAAACAUCAAGCGUAGCGUACCACAUGAAAUAGAAGCAACAAUCACAAAAGAAGUUUAAAAUUGAACCGAAAGCAAAG